UGUGCAUUUGUCUAAAAGCAAAAAUUAUAUUAUUGUUAUCGUUUCGCGUUUCGAAUUAGUUUGAUGUAUUAAAACUUAUAAAUUUAAGUGCAUACUUUCCAAUAAGAGUUUUAAGAAACUUUUUGAAAGAAAAAUUCCUCAGCUUAGGCUUCAUAGAAAGUGAUUUAAGCAAAAUCCGUAAAUUAAAGAAAACCUGCAAAUUCAAUCAAUUUUGACACGCAAUAAAAACCAACAACACGCAUCUAUACUUUGUAGAGUGAGCAGAAAUGUAAAUAGACUUAAAGUUACUGACGUGUCGCCGUGAUUUAUCUGACAAAAUUUAACUAAGAAUAUGACUGUGCGUCGUAGACAGGACACGAACGUGUCGCCAACAGAUGCCACUGACAAGCAUUGUCUGCUUGUCGAAACACCUCCGUCAGACUGUCCAUUAAACGUAAAUGCAAAUGAAGAAAUUCACGAGAAGACGGAUAUUCGGGGCGAUCGUGGGAACAUCGCAAUACUUUUCUUCCUAUAUGUCUUGCAAGGCAUACCAUUGGGACUGAUUGCGGCGGUUCCCAUGUUGCUACAGAACCGAGGAGCUAGUUAUAGGCAGCAAGCUGAGUUUUCCUUUGCCUAUUGGCCUUUUAGUAUGAAACUUUUAUGGGCGCCUAUUGUUGAUUCCAUCUAUGUGCGCAAAUUUGGAAGGCGAAAAUCAUGGCUCAUUCCAUCUCAAUAUCUUAUUGGUAUUUUUAUGCUCUUCUUGUCGUGGCAAGUGGAUCGGUGGUUAGGUGGCAACGGUGCAGAUCCCAAUGUGCCAUUGUUAACAACGCUAUUUUUCUUACUUAACUUCCUCGCGGCAACACAGGAUAUUGCAGUAGACGGCUGGGCGCUGACUAUGCUGAAACGAUGUAAUGUAGGCUAUGCGUCGACUUGCAACAGUGUUGGGCAAACAGCUGGUUACUUUCUUGGCUAUGUGGUAUUUAUUGCGUUAGAAUCAAAAGAUUUUUGUAACAAUUAUCUGCGCACGGAAUCGCUUGACAAAGGACUUGUGACUUUGCCAGAAUUUUUAUGGUUUUGGGGACUCUGCUUCAUGGUAGUUACCACUUUGGUAGCAAUCUUAAAAAAAGAAAAUGAUGUGCAAGAUGCACACACAACUGCACGGUACACUGAUGAACAUGAGCUUAAUUUACGUGAUAGUUACAAGAUACUUUUCGACAUGGUUCGCAUGCGGCCAAUACAAAUCUUGGCUGGUAUAUUAUUAACCGUUAAGGUUACUUUUGCCGCUACUGAUGCAGUUACAUCAUUAAAAUUAAUCGAUGCUGGCGUACCAAAGGAGAAAUUGGCCUUACUAGUAAUACCAAUGAUACCCUUACAAAUAGUGUUGCCGCUAAUCGUCAGUCGCUACACACAUGGACCGCGACCUAUGGAGGUCUUCUUAAAAGCUAUACCCUAUCGAAUUAUAUUUAGCACAAUAGCAGCAAUAAUCACGUAUUGCACGCCAUACAUGAUCACGGACAGUCAUGUACCCGUGUUUUAUUAUGUGAUCCUUAUCGUUAAUUAUGCUUUGUAUCAGGUGUGCCUGUACUGCAUGUUUGUAGCUGUAAUGGCAUUCUUUGCAAAAAUUUCUGAUCCAGCGGUUGGUGGUACAUACAUGACAUUCCUAAACACGCUUUCAAAUUUAGGUGGGAAUUGGCCAAACACUGUGGUUUUAUGGCUGGUAGACGUAUUAACUUGGCAAGAGUGUAUUCAUGUGGACCCAAUAGUGGCGGCGCAGAAUAGUUGCUCAUCGAAGGCACAAAAGACGGAAUGUGAGGUAGCAGGUGGCGAAUGCCAAAUUGUCUUUGAUGGCUACUAUAUCGAAUCGAUAAUAUGUAUAGUAUAUGGAAUUGUAUGGCUACUCUUUAUGCGGCGUUGGAUAAACUACUUGCAGAAUUUGCCAAUGCGAAGCUGGAUGGUUGUUAAUAAAAAUAAGAGCGAAAGCAAUGCGAAAAAGUCGAGAUAGCAAUUCAUUGUAUGACAUGAGGAGAAUGACGCUCAACGGCGUUUGCUAGAUGCUGAUGAGGUUGAAGCAGAGGAGUUGAAUUGAAAAAUAAAUUCGAACAUGAUGUCAAGAUUUCGCCAAUUUGCAGGUUCCUUUGGCUGAGUAUUGAAUUAGCGUAAUAAACAAUUUUACAUAUUUAAUUUUCAAAUUAUAAGAUCUUACGUGUGAAUGUAAUGUAAUUGAAUUACUAAUUCAUAUAAAUUGAGUAGUAGAGUAUUUGCUUUUCACCCAGUAGUGCAAACAUAUUUCGCUUGGCUUUUAAAUACUUGUUUGUACUUAAAGCAACAAUUAUAAAAUUAUAAAUUAAAGCAUGACAGCAUUUUGAAAUAUUUGUGAUAAAACUAUUUUUAGUUUUAAUAAAUGUACAAAGUUGCUAAUGACAAACAUUGUUAGAAAACUUGAACAUUUUCUUCUAUUUAAGAUCACUAAGCGCAUUUGAUGAAGUUUUGUAAAUAACUCGGAAAAUAAACCAAACUUCCGCAUUGCAGCCCGAA